UUCAACAUCAAAUGAAUGUUAAAUUCCGGAAAUGUCAUAUCGAUUAUCAUCAUUAUUAUUAUCAACAUUAUCGACAUCAACAUCGUCAAAAUUAUCAAAUAGAUUAUGGCCAAAAUCAUCCAUAUCGAAAGCAAAUUCAUUUUUUAAAAAUGCAAUAUCAACAAUGGCUACAGCUGUUAUUAUUAUUGUUUCAACAUCAACAUCAUCAUCAUCAUCAUCAAUAUCAUUCACAUCAUCGAUAUCCGCAUCAUCAUUAUCAUCAGAUGCUUCGGAUAAUUCCAAUAAUGAUUCAUUAUCAUCAUCAUCAUCAUUGAUGAUGGCCUUAAUGAAUAGUUUUAAUAAUGGUGAAAAUAAUUGGCCAUCAACAUCAACAUCAAGAUCCAUCCGUCAUUUACAACCAUAUCUUCCUUCAUCAGUGCAUUAUGGUUCCCUGUUGUCAGAAAAAACAACAGCUCAACAACAAAAACAACAACAACAACACCAUCCAACCAUAUCUCAACAUUAUUAUCCAUAUCAACAACAACAGGGCCCACAACCACCGCCAUCAUCAUCAUCAUCACCAAAAUUAUCACAACCAAAUCAACCACCACAAUAUUCCCAAUACCCUUUUGCUUAUAAUCCGAACCAGAUAAUGUGGCCUCCUGAAGAUAAUUGGAAUUCAUGGAAUCGUGUGUUCAAAUUAAUAUUAUUAUCAUUUGUAUCAACUAUUGGUUCAAUGGGUGCAAUAUUUAUUGUAUCAGCUAUAACAGUAAUUGAUACAUUUCAGGUUCGAGGAAAUUGUUUUCUUGUUUCACUUGCUUUUGGACAUUUAUUAGUGACUGUAUUAAUUUUACCUGCAUCAGCUAUUGCCAUAAUGGCUGAUAUAACCGAAGAUCAAACAUUAUGUCAUUUUCAAUGGCUUAUUACAUUGGCCUGUUUUAUUGUAUCCAUCCUAUCAUUUUUAUUCAUGUCAAUUGAUAAUUAUUUUGGAAUGAAAUCAUUGAUUACUUAUCAUCUUUGUUGUACAAAAUGUCGUAUCUGUUUUCUAAUCAUUUUUAUCUGGUUGGCCGCAUUCAUUAUACCCUUUUUACAACAUUCCAAUCAUUUUGGUCCAGAAUUCUGUAAAGAUAAACGUCAUUGGAAAAUAAUGCCCGAUUAUCAUCCAUAUGCAUUAGGUUUUUUAAUUAUCUGUACAAUAAUAACAUUGGCCUAUUUUACCUAUUCAUUAUUUAUGUAUAAAAAUUAUAAAAUUCAACUAGAAUCAACACCCGAAGCGGCCAAUUUUAUUCUAACCGAUGGUUGUUUAUUACAAUCAAAUGUUAUUGUUUAUGUUUGUUCAUUAGCAAUGUGGUUACCAUUGAUCGUUACAAUGGUUGUUGAUACAAUAAAUCCAGUACCACAGGAUUAUCUAAAUACUGUUUGGUAUAUAGCCAUUUCGAAUUCAUGUUCAUUUUCCUAUAUGUAUGCAGCAACAAAUCGUGAUUUUCGUGAUGCAUUCAAUAAAUUAUUUUAUUAUUGUUGUUGUAAAUCACAUGUAACAUUUUCAAGAAAAGGUGCUACCAUUAGACGUACAGUGGUUAAUGAAUCAAUGGGUUUACGUGUACAUAUUAUACCUGGUUUAAAUAUUUAUGCUCAACGUAAAGAUACGAUGAGCGGUAAUACGGCAACAACAUCAUAUCGUUCCGGUGGUUAUGGAUCAUCAGGUGGCGGUGGUGGUGGUAAUUUUGGUGGCGGUUCAAGUGGUGGUGGUUUUUUCGGUAGCCAUCAUGGUGGCGGUGGUGGUGGUGGUGGUGGAUCACAUUCAGCUGGACAUUAUCCUGGUACCGGUUAUUAUCGUUCACAUAAAUCUUGCGAGCUUUGAAAUAGAUUUUCGGAUAUUAUAAUAUGUAAUGUGAAAUAUCUACAUUUCCUUCUUCUUCUUCUUUCAUUUUCUUCCUCUUUAUAAAUAUUAUUAUUAUUAUUACAAACAAAAAACAAAAAAUCAUA